AUGGCAUCACUGGGUGAGGACUUGCUUGGGAUAGUCAACAAGCUCCAAGAUCUUGUUUUCAACACUAUCGGCAAUGACAGCCUGGAUCUCCCACAAAUUGUCGUUGUUGGCUCGCAAUCAUCUGGCAAAUCCUCCGUCCUCGAGAACAUAGUCGGCAGAGACUUUCUACCUAGAGGCAGCGGUAUUGUGACUCGCAGGCCGCUCAUUCUCCAGCUCAUCAACAUUCCCAGCGAUGACGACGCCCCCGAAGCACACACAGCCGCGGCUGUAGCACAACAACCAGAAUGGGCAGAGUUUCACCAUAUCCCCAAUAGAAGGUUUACAGAGUUCCAGGACGUCAAGCGGGAAAUCGAGAACGAGACUGCGAGGAUUGCAGGGAGUAACAAGGGCAUCAACAGGUCACCAAUAAAUCUCAAAAUAUAUUCGCCUCAUGUGCUCAGCUUGACCUUGGUGGAUUUGCCAGGUCUGACGAAGGUCCCUAUUGGAGACCAGCCUACCGAUAUCGAGAAACAGACUCGAAACCUCAUUUCGGAAUAUAUCGCGAAGCCCAACAGCAUUAUCUUAGCAGUAUCUCCGGCGAACGUGGAUAUUGUGAAUUCAGAGGCUCUCAAACUCGCACGUCAUGUUGAUCCCCUUGGAAGACGGACAAUAGGUGUUCUCACCAAGGUGGAUCUUAUGGACCAUGGAACAAAUGCUCUCGAUAUUCUUUCGGGACGGGUAUACCCCUUGAAGCUUGGUUUCAUCGGUGUUGUGAACCGGUCACAGCAGGACAUUCAAGGAAACAAGUCUCUUGCAGAAGCAUUGAAAUCAGAAUCGGACUUCUUCAAGCACCACCCUGCGUACCGGAACAUGGCCACAAGAUGCGGCACGCAGUUCCUGGCGAAGAGUCUCAAUACUACCCUGAUGGCACAUAUCAGAGAGCGACUUCCAGAUAUCAAGGCUCGCCUGAACACUUUGAUGGGACAAACACAGCAAGAGCUUGCGAGCUACGGUGACAUGCAUUUCAGUGGCAAAGAGCAUAGAGGAUCUCUGGUUCUUCAACUGAUGACUCGAUUCGCUUCUUCAUUCAUAUCUUCAAUCGACGGUACCUCGACAGAAAUAUCUACCAAAGAGCUUUGCGGAGGUGCCAGGAUAUACUACAUAUUUAACUCAGUAUUCGGAAACUCAUUGGAGACUAUUGACCCCACAACCAACCUCUCUGCUCUGGACAUUCGGACAGCAAUUCGAAAUUCCACUGGACCGCGACCAAGUUUGUUUGUUCCAGAACUUGCAUUCGAUCUUUUAGUCAAACCUCAAAUCAAGCUGCUAGAAAUCCCCAGUCAACGGUGUGUUGAGCUUGUGUACGAAGAGCUUAUCAAGAUAUGUCAUACCUGUGGGUCCACGGAACUUACGAGAUUCCCUCGACUUCAAGCAAAACUCAUCGAAGUCGUCUCAGAUCUCCUUCGUGAGAGACUUGGGCCGGCAUCCAACUAUGUGGAGUCACUCAUCUCUAUCCAAAGAGCAUAUAUCAACACUAACCACCCCAACUUCCUUGGCGCGGCAGCUGCCAUGAGCAAUGUGGUCACCAACAAACAAGAAAAGGAGAGGAAAAGGCUUCUGCAAGAAGAACGAGAGAGACGAGAAAGAAGGCGCCAAAAGGAGUUGGGUACCAAUGGUGCUGACACGCCAGAAGAUGAUGAAGAAGCUGGGGAGAAAAUUGAGAACCUCCCUCAAAGAAAAGCUCUUCAGAAAGGUGCUCGAAGCAUGUCACCAGCGAUUCGGGAAAAUGGUACGAGUGGUAUUGCAGCUACAAUGAACGGAAUGAGAGCUGGUUCACCACCUAGAUUCAACGGCCAAGGUGCAGGGGGUGCUCGGGACUCAUUCCUGAACUACUUCUUUGGCAAGGACGGGGGAAUGCCAGCAGGUGGAGCAGGUGUUGGACAAGUCCCUUCGUCCAAUCCAAAUCUCGGUCGUCACGUCAGCCAAAGCACGGAACCAAGUUUCAGCCAGAGCAUUCGCAGGCAGGAAGAGCGCCAGAUCCACAGAACGCCUGCGCAACAAUCACGAGAAGAUGACUACGAACUGGGCAGAGCACAGAGAGAUUAUGAUUACAAUUCGCCUUUUGGAAACAACAAUGAGCCAGCGCUUACAGAUCGCGAAGCAAUGGAGACCGAGCUCAUUCGAGCAUUAAUCUCUUCCUAUUUCAAUAUUGUACGAGAGUCGAUAGCAGAUCAGGUUCCCAAAGCAGUCAUGCAUCUCUUGGUCAACCACUCAAAGGAUGCUGUACAAAAUCGACUGGUCAGCGAGCUCUACCGAGAGGACAUGUUUGAGGAGCUUUUGUACGAGGACGACGCGGUCAAGAAAGAGCGCGAGAAGUGCGAGAAACUGCUCAAGACCUACAGAGAAGCAGCCAAGAUCGUUGGUGAGGUUGGAAUAUAG